GAACGAAGCCAUCCAUCCAUGUUCCUGCUGCCCUCCUCUCCUCUCUUCUCUUCUCCUCUCCUCUCCUCACUCCAUCCGUUUCCCGGCGGAGAACUUGUCCUUGCUUGCUGAACAAAACGGACGAAGUCGCAGCCAUAGCCAUCAUAGCCAUCAUAGGCAUAGCCAUAGCGGCCUCCAUAGCGCGAGAUACACGUGGAGGAAGGAGGAGGAGGAGGUAUGCGACGACGACGGCGACGACGACGAAUACGACGGUAGUCGGUUCCUUCCUUAGAGCGUCGAACUCGCUACGUAAGCGCCAGCACUCCAGCCAAUCAGACAAAGUCGCGCUGUCCUUACGAAACGACAUUAUUAGCAGAUGCCAUUCUCGCGCUGCCCGACGUCUCAAACGGCCACGUUUCGUGUCACUCUGGACUCAGGAGCGUGCCACGUGUCUGGUUCUUGAGAAAGGACAUGCACAGAAGAGGAGGAGUGCAAUGCAUCGGAGCACAGUUGAGGCCAAAGUGAAGGUGCAGGAACGACGGCGUGGCAGGGCUUCUCGAUACUCGGUAUCUUCAGUGAACUUUCCACAGGUGGAGGAAGGAAGGGGCAAACGAAAGUCAAAUGCCUUGUGUGUAUGGAGACGGGGUACCAGAUAGAGAACAGCAAGUCAGGAGCUCGAGGUCUGGCUAUGGAGAAGGAGUCAGGCAUUGUAACGGCGAGAUGUCUCGUGGUGGGGGUGCUCGGAGAAGGAGAGCCAUCUCCUUCUCCGAGCUGUUCAAUCUGGAGCCAUUGCUUAAUGUGCGCAUCCCCGGGGGAGGCAGCAGUGGUCCAGACGACAGUGAAGAUGGUUCCAGAGGUCAGAUGAUGCAUGCUGUUGUGGGGACCGAGGACAGAUGCGGUACCAAUUUGGCGGCCGCAGAGAGGGCAGGGAAUAUUCAGGCAGAGAUGACAGUGGGACGGAAACGGUUGAAAUUGGAGGCAGAGGCAGGCAUGGGACAGCUGCAUGGAGGAGGGUACAGAGAAGGUGGGGACAAUGGAGGUGGGAAGUGUGCUGCGGUAGGAGGUCGGAUUGACCGUACUCGGGAGUAUUACGGAACAUCUGAUGCGGACUUAGACAGGAGGCGGAAGUGGGCCAAGCUUCGGGGUGCGAUGGGAUCUAAGAGCACUGAGAAUGAGGCUCCUGCUGCUCCUGUGCCCCCACCAAUUAUGCGUCAGGAUGUUGUGCCGCACGAAGGGGAGGAUAUCGGAGGGGUUCCUGUGCUGCCGAUGGAGGAAAGGUUGAUGUCGACUAUGGGAGCCGGCGUGCUUGAUGGCCGACUGAUUGGAGCAGCACAACGAAGGCGGUUAAGAAAAGCGAAGAGGCGGUUAAAAGACGCAGAGGCGAUGAGAAAGUUGGGCGAUCCGAAUGCCGAGAUCGUUGCGGCAGAGGCGAAUGCAGUCCUUGAAGGAGUGACGAAGCCACUGUUACAGCAGGUUCUUCCACCCCCAAGGCCUGUGUAUCAACAACCCCCGCAAGGUGCUUAUGAGGGCCAGACCACAGUUGAGAAUUCUGGAGCGAAACGGCCACCUUCUGUGCACCGGAGGGAAGAGAUGCCAUUCGGCAUGAAGGGCAGGCAUGCAACUGCUGGAAUUCUAGACCUAGGGGGAGGGGCAAGGUUCAUCCUCCCUCCGUUCUACGACGAUUUAGCUGUGAUCUUGAGGCUUCCAAAGUUCUCAGACAUCAGAAUAGACGAGAGGGUACUGGCUGGGCGGCUUAGAUCCAAGGAUAUUAUGGCAUUGGUCAUGUCUGAUCCGUUGGCAAAGAAAUGGAAGACAAGGCGUGGGAUGGGCGAGAGUGGGGAGGGCUGGAAGCCGUGGCAGCCCAUCGCAAAACGACCGUCUGCAACGAGUUCUCAGAGUGCGUUCACAACGUCGCAGCCUGCCGCAUCUGGCCGCGGAGGUGGUGCAGGAUUACCGCCAGGUACGUCCAUGCUGACGCCUCCGCCACCCAUGGCACCCAUUCUUCGGGGGGCAGGGAAGUUGGGCUCAGCGUCCAUUGUUGGACUGUCGACGUCGUCCGCAAGUACGCCCGGCAGAAUGGUCAGUGGCAUGUCGGUUGUUCCAAAUAGCGCCGCCGGUACAUUUUUGGGAAACCCUGUGACCGGGUCACUAUCUACACGACCACCUCUCCCAUUCUCCUCUCCCUUGUCUGGGGCAGGUCCUUCUGUUGCCAGCAGUGCUCAGCUGCCUGCUACCCCUGUAGCAGGUGGUGUGCCACGUCCAAUCUCUCUCGCACCGACUGCAGUUAACCCCAUGGCCCCACCACUGUACAUGCCUUUGUCUUUGGCUCCAUCUGCAUCACACCCAAGGAUGCCAUUACCACAUCCGCACUCACCCCACCACCCGCUCCCUUCGAUGGAUCUUAACGCUGCUGGUUUUCAGCCGCAUAUGCCAGGGGCAUCCGUGAUGCCUCCACCACCACCGCAGACGCCAAAAAGCGCAUCAUCCAGCGCUGUUGGAUCUUUGCAGCCAGGAGUGCCGUGCUCCCCUCAGGUCUUUGAAGAGGCUAUUUCCCGUGGCAAGGCAGCAGCAGCAGCUGCAGUGGCAGCUGCAUCGAGAAAGGCUGCUGCUGCACAGUUGCAGAGUGGAGUAGUGAAUGGUGCAGGUGCGUUGAGAGCAGCACUGCCAACGACAAAGCCAGCGAAGGUUGAAGGUCAGAUUGUGAAAAUGGAACAAGGCUCAAAUGACGGGCAACCGGGAAUGCCGCGGGAAGUAGGAAGUUCUGCGCUCACAGGCCCAUUGUUACAGGGCGCACCUCAACAGCAACGGGAUCAGUUGGCACUAACUGUGACAUCUGCUAACAAGAUCAUGAACGUGAAGAGUGAGGAAGUGCUAGACCCGGCACUGAAGGUGAAGGAAGAAGUGGAGAAGGUUGCAAGAUAUUGGAUAAAUCUUGUUCGAAAGGAUCUACCAAGGCAUCACAAAUUGUUUGUGUUGUACCAUAAGAAACAGACGCAGGAUGUCCGGCGGAUCGCAGAAAUGUGUCAGCGUGAGGUGAGGGCGCGUGCGAUACGGUCGAUCAGGGCAGCGAAGGGUGCAGUGAUGCGAACGCGCAGACUCGCACGUGAUAUGAUGAUGUUUUGGAAGAAGGCAGACAAGGAGUUGGUCGAACAGAAGAGGAGAGAGGAGAAGGAUGCUGCGGACAUGCGUCGGCGUGAAGAAGAGCUGCGCGAGGCUCGGCGUCAGCAGCAAAGGCUUAACUUUCUGCUGACGCAGACUGAACUCUACAGCCAUUUCAUGCGGAACAAGCUUAUGGGAGCCGGUAACGUGACGCCUGCCCGUACAGAGGGGUCUGAACUGGUGCAGGAGGGUGCCAAUGAUCCUCUUAAGGAGGGGGUUGGGGGAGAUGCGGGUGCUGACGAGGGUGGCCAAGAGAAAGAUGCGAACAUGCUGGAAGACGAAGAAGCAGAAAUGCAAGAACAAGCUGUGCGCGCUGCACAGGCUGCGGCUUCUCAACAACGGCAAAGAACUAGUUCGUUUGAUUCGGAGAGCCAGCGACUUCGGGAUGCUUCUGAAGGCCUUCCCUCUGCUUCAAAGCCGCCUGACGAUAUCCCCGGCCUUGAGGAGGCGGCAAGAGAUAUGAAUCUAUUAAACCCAUCUACGAUGCCGGCGAUGUCAAGUGUUGCUCAGCCGCGAAUGUUCCGGGGAAAACUCAAGGAGUAUCAGCUGAAGGGUUUGCAGUGGCUGGUCAAUCUUUAUGAACAGGGGUUGAAUGGUAUACUUGCAGACGAGAUGGGAUUGGGGAAGACCAUUCAGGCAAUGUCAUUUCUUGCUCACUUAGCAGAGGAGAAAAACAUUUGGGGUCCUUUCCUGGUUGUGGCACCAGCAUCCACGCUGCCAAACUGGGCCGAUGAGAUUGCAAAAUUCUGCUCAGAUUUGCGAAUUCUGCCGUAUUGGGGAGGUCUUCAGGAGCGGACAGUUCUGCGAAAGAAUAUCAAUCCGAAGCGCCUCUACCGCAGGGAUGCAGUAUUUCAUGUGCUGAUCACGAGCUACCAGUUGCUUGUCUCAGAUGAGAAGUACUUUCGAAGGGUCAAAUGGCAGUAUAUGGUCCUCGAUGAGGCCCAGGCUAUCAAAAGUGCAAGCAGCCAGCGUUGGAAGACAUUACUGAGCUUCAACUGCAGAAAUCGCCUUCUGCUGACAGGAACGCCGAUACAGAACAGCAUGGCAGAGCUGUGGGCACUCCUCCACUUCAUCAUGCCGACACUUUUCGACAGUCAUGAGCAGUUUACGGAGUGGUUCGCCAAGGGAAUCGAGAGCCAUGCAGAAGGCGCUGGGACUCUCAACGAGCACCAACUCAGCCGUCUGCAUUCCAUCUUGAAACCAUUCAUGCUUCGGCGAGUGAAGAGGGAUGUUGAGGCAGAGAUGACCAACAAGAAGGAGAUUGUCGUGCCAUGCCGACUCACUGCACGGCAGCAAGUGUUUUAUUCAGCUAUCAAGAAUAAGAUAUCGAUAGCAGAUCUCUUUGACAGUUCAGGCACACAGAUUAACGAAAGGAAUGUCCUGCAGCUCAUGAACAUUGUUAUUCAGCUACGAAAGAUACCGAAACUCGUUUUCCGGGAAGGAAUGCAGUGCCUGCCAUCUUUUGCGUCAGGAUCGUCUCAAGAGUACUGGGAGAAAUGGGUGAAUAAUCGUCUCUGCAUCUUCUCACCGGAGAACAUCCAUCGCUCUCUCUUCCCUGGAACCACUCUGGACGCUGUGGAUGACGAUGAAUUGGCUUCUGGCCAACGGGUUGAGAGUUUCAGCGCGUUUGCCUUCACGCGGCUUGUGAACUUGUCACCGGCAGAGGUGGCUUUUCUUGCAAAAGCCUCACUUCUUCAAAGGUGGUUGUACUACCUGAUCCACGAGAAAAGGGAGGAUAUUUUACGGAGCUGGAAGAUGAACUGCGGCGACGAACUCGCAGAGGAUGAAGAGUUGGAGACAGAUGAUAAAACGCAAGCUGUGCGGAGAUUGCUUUUAGUUUCGCAAAAGGCGGAUGCUCCUAUCCUGAGAUCUUGUCAUGCAACAACCCUCCCUGAAGACCCUUUUCAGCCACUUGUCUCCACGGCGUCCCGGCGGUUCCUUCGUGCAAUCUCUGUAUUGCGAGCUGUGCAGGCAUUUAUGCUUCCUGCAAGGGCACCCCAGGUUGAUGUAUUCUGUUCGGAUCGCAGUUUUGCAUACCAGAGGCAAGAGAUGCUCCAUGAACCAUGGACAAAGCAGCUGCUUGUGGGUUUCGCUCGAUGUUCGGAGGACUCUGGGCCGUCUCCACCAAGACGUCAGCACCCACUAAUACAGGAAGUGGAAACCGGGGAGGUCCUCGACGCGCCGUUGCUUGCUCCAUUGUUCCGUGUGUUUGGGUCGGCCCCACCUCUUCAAGCCUUUGAUUUCGCAAAAAUGCUUACGGAUUCCGGGAAACUCCAGACUCUUGACGUCCUGCUGAAGGAUUUGAAGGCCGGCGGCCACCGCGUCCUGCUUUUCUCCCAGAUGACGAAGAUGAUUAACAUCUUGGAGGACUACAUGAACUACCGGAAGUACAAGUAUUUGCGGCUGGAUGGAUCGUCUACAAUCAUGGACAGGAGGGAUAUGGUAAAGGACUUCCAGACCAGGUCAGACAUUUUUGUCUUUUUGUUGAGCACCCGGGCUGGAGGGCUGGGAAUCAAUCUGACGGCGGCGGACACCGUCAUAUUCUAUGAGAGCGAUUGGAAUCCUACGAUGGAUCUGCAGGCCAUGGAUCGUGCGCACAGGCUGGGUCAGACGAAGGAGGUGAGAGUGUAUCGGAUGAUUUGCACGGGGACUGUAGAGGAGAAGAUUGUGAAGAGGGCCAAUCAGAAAAACACUGUACAGCAGCUGGUUAUGACAGGAGGACAGUCACAGGCUGAUCUGUUUGAGCCAGAAGAGGAGAAGAAGAAACGCCGCAGCUGGGGUGUAGGAAGUGGUGCGCGCAGCCUACGUAUGGACGAGGAUUCAGCUGUCUUGAUGGAUCGGGAUGAUGCCUCUGGAGUAGCUGCCAGUGUACCAGGUGGCACAGGUGCUGCCUCAGAAGCUGGGCAGGAAAGGGGCAAUGAUGCAGCAGUUGGUGUAAAUAAUGGAACCGAUGGAAAGAAGGGAGAAAAGGGUUCAAAGACAGGCAAGGCCCCCAAGGGGUCAAAGGGACCAUCAGAGAAUGGUGUCGAGUCUAGGGUAAAAAAGAGAACUGUAUUGCCAACGACGAUAGAGGGAAAACCUCCAAAGCCUCCGAAGGUCACCAAACAUAAAAAAGCAGCCGCUUCAAAAGAGCUGAAGGCAGCGUCUGCUGGGCAAGCAAAGGCACGAGGAGGGGGUGGAGGAGCCGGAAUUGUGCGAAAAAACGUUGGUAUCGUGAAAGACGACGACAAACGGCAGCUUGCAGUAACCGAACAACUAGACGGUGAAUCUGACAUGAAUGACCUGUCAACUAAGGGAUUGGGUCGUGUAGUUUCUGACGCAAACCUUGCAGGUGCAAGGGGUGGUGGAAGUGGAAAGCAGGUGACGGGCAAACUGGCUGGAUCCACAGGAACGGACACUGGACCUGGAGCAGGAACCGUUAGAUCGGCACGAACAGAGGAGAUUGGCAGAGUUCGUGGAACAGGAGCAAGCUGCCCAAGUCCACUCACUGAUCAAGGAGCUGACCCAGACCGAAACCAGGGGAUCAACAGCAUGAGCAUCACAAGGGAGGGAGGUAAUAUCUCCGUGGCGGGUGAGAAGCAAUCAAAUAGUGCAAUGGAUGAAACCUAUAGGAGCAGUAAGGGGUUAGCAAAAGGGCCAUUGAGAAUCAAGGAAAGAUGAAGGUAGAGGAGGGAGGGAGGGAGGGAGGGAGAGGACAGGGGUCGGUCCCCCCUACUCAGCACCUACUUGUCUCUUGAUAACAGUGAACGAAGCUCGGCGGCAUGAAGUGACCCCAUCACAUAAUUGUUACCUUUUUUUUUUUUUACUCCCCCUUUCCAGUCUGCUUGUGUAGUGAAGUCACCGACUUCCACAGUUGGAUAUUCUUUGCUCUUUUUUCGGUUGUGAUGUAAGCAUAAGAAUGCACCAUGUGCCAUCAGUCUCACAUGGUUUUCCCUUCUUCUUCUUCUUCUUCUUCUUCUUCUUCUUCUUCUUCUUCUUCUUCCUUUGUCUUCUUCCUCCUCUUCGCUUUCUCCUCCUCCUGCUCCAUCUUCGUUCCAUCCUCUUCUUGCUCCCUCUUCCUCUUCCUCUUCCUCUUCUUCUUCUCCUCGUCCUGCUCCUGCUCCCUCCUCCCUCUUCCUCUUGCUCUCCUGCUCGUGCUCCUGCUCCCUCUUCCUCUUCCUCUUCCUGUUCUUCUUCUCCUUCUUCUUCUUCUCCCUCUCCCUCUUCUUCUCCUCACUCUUUGUCGCUCUUUGUCGCUCUUUGUCGCUCUUUGUCACUCGUGUGUGUGUGUGUGUGUGUGUGUGUGUGUGUGUGUGUGUGUGUGCUUGUUCUCUCCAUUCCUGCGGAAAUCUAAUCUGAUGCAUAGGUGUUGCAAGGCCCAACUGCAUGUAAAUAAAUAAUAUCUUUGGAAGUGCGAUGUGAGACUGCCUCCCCUAUCUUUCACUGGGCGUACACUCACUGGGGAUAUAUGAGGGUAUCCGUCAGUGUCUUCAUGUGUGCUUGUGCUUUGCUUUCCUCAUUCCCACCUUGGUGGCUUCACUUUUUUGUCUGUUAUAGAUCUCUUCAUGCAGCAGCUGCAUAAUUGUUACCAUCUGCUCUUAAGGGAGCUUCGUGAUGUACAAGAGUGCACAAGCGUUUUCGGGACAGGGUCGCAGAGAAGGCACAGAAAAGGUACCUGCAACGUUUAGUACUCGAUGUUGUGCAGACACAGUGACGGGACCUAUGAGGCUGAGCACUUGGUGUCGCACAUUUGUGAUGAAACCUCUCUGACGCAUUCGGCAGAACAGCGGAGGAGCAUUAGUUCAGGAAUAACAUUGUCCCGACAACCUUUUUGUCCGUUCUUCCCCCGCCUGUUUAUCGAAGUAUCGAAAGUGGCGUAAACCUACAGGUAAGGAUCAGUACGAUAAAUUGUGGAGGGGGAG